AUGGCUGCCGCCCAGACUCCUACCUUCAAGCUCGUCCUUGUCGGCGAUGGCGGUACCGGAAAGACCACCUUCGUCAAGCGCCACUUGACGGGUGAGUUCGAGAAGAAGUACAUGGCCACUCUUGGUGUCGAGGUUCACCCCUUGGGCUUCACUACGAACUUCGGCCAGAUCCAGUUCGAUGUCUGGGAUACCGCCGGCCAGGAGAAGUUCGGCGGGCUCCGUGACGGUUACUACAUCAACGGCCAGUGCGGUAUCAUCAUGUUUGAUGUCACCUCCCGUAUCACCUACAAGAACGUCCCCAACUGGCAUCGCGACCUCGUCCGCGUCUGUGAGAACAUCCCCAUUGUUCUCUGCGGUAACAAGGUCGAUGUGAAGGAGCGCAAGGUCAAGGCCAAGACCAUUACCUUCCACCGCAAGAAGAACCUCCAGUACUACGAUAUCUCCGCCAAGUCUAACUACAACUUCGAGAAGCCCUUCCUUUGGCUCGCACGCAAGCUCGUCGGCAACCCUGCUUUGGAAUUCGUUGCCGCACCGGCUCUGGCCCCCCCCACCGCCCAGGUCGACGAGAAGCUCCUCGAGCAGUACCGCAAGGAGAUGGACGACGCUGCCCAGAUGCCUCUGCCUGGUGAACUUUCGGACGAUGACUUGUAA